CGAUGUUCGACAUCCCCUUUUUGAGUGUUAGAAUUGGCGAGAAGUCGGGAGAUGAGCGAAGUUGGGCUGGGGUGCGUCUCCCGGAGUACGUCUUUAUUAGUGUUAGUUGAACUAUUAUUCAGCGGCAGUAGAAUUACUUAUAUCAAUGAACGACAAUGGAACCGGCAGGAUCACUGGGAGCAAAACUUUCGAUGGAGUUGUCAAAACUGGAUGAGGAACUAGAAAGAAUCGAAGGGGAUAUAAGUUCGCUGAGGAAACGGAAACGCGCAUUAUUGGAAAGAAAAGCACAGAUCGAAAAGCGUAUAGUUGAGCGAAAUGUGGAGAAUGAAAGUUCAUUUAGAAUUUGGGAUUCAGACGAUUUUCAGUGGAUGAAGGAGUGUCUCCAUGUGUUACAUAAUGUUUUUAAACUGAGUGAUUUCCGUCCUCUACAAAGGGCUGUUAUCAAUGCGGUAUUGUCGAAGGAGGAUUGUUUGGUAGUGAUGAGCACUGGAAGCGGGAAAAGUCUUUGUUAUCAGUUACCUGCUGUUAUUAUGAAAGGUAUCGUAUUGGUUGUGUCACCUUUGAUAGCUCUCAUUGAAGAUCAGUUGCAUCAGUUAAGAAAAUUAGGAAUUGAUGCAGCAACACUUAACCAAUCCACCGCGAAAGAGGAGAUAAGUCGAGUGCAAACAGCACUUACUGAUUCAAAAGCUCCACUACGUUUGCUUUAUGUUACCCCGGAAAAAUUGGCAAAAAGUAAGCGGAUUAUGAAUCGCUUGGAAAAAUGUAAUGAAAUGAAACGAUUAAAGUUGAUGAAGUACACUGCUGCUCUCAAUGGGGACAUGAUUUUCGGCCAGAUUUUAAAUUCCUUAAUAGUUUUAAAGCGUCAGUUUCAAGCUGUGCCAUUGAUUGGACUGACUGCUACAGCUACUGCUGAUGUUAUUGAUGAUGUGAAAAACAUGCUGGGGAUUCCAGCAGCUGUGGUAUUCCGUGCUGGUUUCAAUCGGCCAAAUUUGCAUUACAGUGUGUGUCAGAAGCCAUCGUCAGAUGUUGAAUUCGUGGAUAUUUUGGUGGAGCUUAUUAAAACCCGAUUUGCGGAACUCAGUGGAAUUAUUUAUUGUUUUUCGCGUAAAGAAUGUGAGGAACUUACAAAAUCAUUGCGUGCAAAAGGUGUAAAAGCGUCACACUAUCAUGCUUUUCUGGAUGCUGAUAAAAGGAACAUUACUCAUGAAAAAUGGCUGAAUGGAGGGAUUAAUGUUAUUGUAGCGACAAUAGCUUUUGGUAUGGGAAUUGAUAAGCCUGAUGUUCGUUAUGUUAUACAUCAUUCUUUACCUAAAUCGUUAGAGAAUUACUACCAGGAAAGUGGGCGUGUUGGACGAGAUGGUAAUAAAGCUUAUUGUAUCUUGUUUUAUCGUUUAAAUGAUCUCUUUCGGCAAAGUACAAUGGUUUGUACGGAAAAGACUGGUGUGCGGAAUUUAUAUUCAGUAUUGUCUUACUGUAUUCAGACAUCUCAGUGUCGACGGUCGGUUAUAGCCGAGCAUUUCAAUGUGGAGUGGAAUUCAUCACUAUGUUCCAAAAUGUGUGAUAUAUGUUCUCAAACUAAUGAUUUUGAAUGUGUGGAUGUGACUGAUUAUUGGCGACUGAUGUUAGAGGUGUUGAAAAAUGUUCAAAAAACUGAUAACAAUCGUGUAACGGGCAUGAAGCUGGUAGAGUUAACUUGGAAGAAAGUCAACUCCGUAAGUCGAGAACUGAUCGAACUUUUGGUUGCAAAGUUUAUCCUCGAUGGAUAUCUGAAAAGAAGAUUUCCACUUCACACCAUAUUCAAUCAUCAGUUACGUUGUACCAGGCGAAAAGAGCAUAGUAGUGGAGAAUAAAUCGGAUUAUCGAAUUACCGUCUCCAUUCCAUCAAAACUGAUUUGCACCAAUCGAAAAACAAUAGCAUUUUCACGCAAGAGGCCACUGCUUAUUGAUGAUGAUGGUGAUGAUGAAGAUGAUGUCAUUAUGCUUAAGUAAAUGCUUUUUACUUGGGAGCGUGCAUUUAUUAUUUCGUUUGAAAGUUUCCUUUCUAUUUGUACAGGAAUAAGUUGGACGUAUCGGGAAUGCUAUCAUUUUAUUCAUCGGGAUAAAAUCUUUACAACCAUU